CGACGUUCCCAGGCUGCGUCUAUGGCAGCUGCGCUGAACCCUGGCAGUGUGUGUGUGACGUCAACUGGGGAGGCCUGCUGUGUAACAAAGAUCUGAACUACUGUGGUACCCACCGGCCCUGUAAGAAUGGGGGCACCUGUUCCAACACAGAGCCUAACGAGUACCAGUGUGAGUGCCAAGAGGGCUUCCGCGGGCGCAACUGUGAUAUCGUGGAGCAUGCGUGCCUCUCCUCCCCCUGUGCGAACGGGGCCACCUGCGCGGAGGACCCGUCGGGUUUCAGCUGUGUCUGUGCCGACAGCUGGACCGGACACACCUGCGCAGACGUGGUGCGGCAGUGUGACUCAAAACCGUGUGGGCGCGGAGCAACGUGCCAGGAGUCUCCAGAGAGGUUCCGGUGCCUCUGCCCCCGGCUGGACUGGCAGAACCUGCCAACUAGACACCAACGAGUGUGACAUGGGUGUGUGUGUCCAUGCCCGCUCCUGCCGUAAUCUGAUUGGUGGAUACCUGUGUGAUUGCCUGCCAGGCUGGGUGGGGCCAAACUGUGACAUUAGGAACAGCAGUUGCCAGGGGUUGUGUCUAAACGGAGGUCACUGUGAGGACUCUGUGUCAGGCUCACGCUGCCUGUGUGUGCCUGGUUUCUCUGGGAAGCACUGCCAGACUGGCCCCAGUCCCUGUGACAGCACCCCCUGUCAGCACGGAGGCCAGUGUGUGGACAAGGAGGGCAGGGCGGAGCUGUGUAGCUGUCCCAUCGGCUACUCAGGGACGUACUGCGAGGUGGUGGUGGAUCUGUGCAAUCCCAACCCAUGCCAGCAGGGGGUGUCCUGUCGGAGCACCGAGGGGGGGUACAUGUGUGCCUGCCCUGAGGGUUACUAUGGUAACGAGUGCACAAGCCUUAAGGACCCCUGUCAUGGCCAACACUGUCCAGGUGCCAUGUCAGACCCGGCUCGUGGAGGGGUCAAUCUCUACAUGGUGUUGGUGGGUGUGUCAGCGUUACUAAUGGCGUGCGGCUGCGCAGCUUGCGCUCUCUUCCUCUCCCGUCUCCACCGACGACGGAAAAAAACGCAGGGCGGGCCCCAGGAGGAGGGCAUCAACAACCAGAGGGAGUUCGUCACCCUCGUCCGAAACCUGGACCGCCCCGCGCCCCUCCUGCCUCCUCUCACCCCCAACACCACCACCCACACCCCUGUCCCUGUACUGCGCUGCUGCGAGGAGAUCGAGCUCACUCUGCCCCCCUCCCCGGCCCCCUCACACCCCUCCCCUGCACUCAAACCCUCAACCCCCGCCGCCAAACAGGACAUCUCCAACCUGGAGAGGGAGAAGCUCAACCGCUUCCACUACUCAGACAAUCAGGAACUGGAGGUGUGACCUUUGAACUGUCAGAGGCUUUUAUUAUUUUGCGCCCACUUCUCUCUGCCUGGCCCUGGACCCCAGCGCUGUGCCAUGCUGCAUAGGUUCCUGUGGUGAUGACCUCACCCGACCCAUCCCUCUCUGAGUUGACUCCUCAUCUUUUGUGAGCUGAGAUUGUCAUCUGCUAAAUAGCAUAUAUUAUUGGUGUAGAAUGCUGGGCCUACGGGGUAGCUAAGCAGAUCAUCAAGAAACAGCGUGGCGGUGAACUUUAACCUCCGACUUAUGACAUCAUGCACUUCUGACCUGCUGACCCCGGAGCUAAUCUUAUGAAGGUUGACCUUGAGUUAGAGUCUGGCUUGUGUCUGAGUGUCUCUGUGUUUUAUGGGAACAACUGUGAGGAGCCAUUUGAGCCAUUCCCCAGGUGUUAAUAUCCCUCUGUAGGCACCCCACUCUCCUGGUUGCCCUGGAAGGCCUAGAUGGCCUGUCACCGACAUAUGUAACUGGACCUCUACAGAGACUGUGGGCCUGCACUGUGGCCUCCUGGGCUGGAAGGCAACUGACAGGGGAUGCGAGGGAAGGGCAAAGUGGUUUUUAAUUCCAAUUAGUCCAUUUCCACAUGAAUUAUUGAAGGAUAAACUGUGGUGUAAUUAUUGUGUGUGUGUGUGUGUGUGUCUUUGUGUCUGCGUGUGUCAGUGCGAGGUGUGUGUACGCGUGUCAGUGCGAGGUGUGUGUGUGAUAAGCAUGACAGACCAUCACGCCUGUUGCCAGGAGGGAGAGAGAAAAUGACUGAAGGAGCAACAAAAGAGCAAAAAAGAAUCAAUGAAUGCAAGCUUUAGAUUUAAAAAAUAAAAUAAAAUAAAAAAGAGGGAAAGGUCAGACAAGAGAGUAGAGCCUGACCCCAAUCCAUUUGAACCAUGAGAGAACGGAGUUAAAACACAACACUGUUGCCUGUGCGGUCUCUGUAACACACUGCAGUUGUCAAAGAUGUCAAAUGUUUUUUAUACCUGUGUGUAAAAUAGCACUGUUGUAUAUAUGUUGUACAUAUUGAUAUUGUUGUUUUUUGUACUGUGGUUUGUCUCUGAAAGUCGCUGUUUUACUUUGCGCUAUUUGUCCUCUCUCUCCUUCCAUUCGUCUGGGGCUGCCAGCAGGUGUGGAUCGUAAUUAAAGUGCAUUUACCUUCCAAAUCCA